CGUUAUUUCAUUUGUGUUCAGUUGUUUGAUAUACUUUUCGAGAAUUCCAUGCAAAUUACAAUUAAUAUAGUUAUUUUUCGAUAAAGGGCCAUAAGGGAAAUUCCUUAAAGAUUGCGCGAAUUGAUAUAGACAUUGUCUUACCAAGGGCAAGUAGGAUGAAAGCUGCAGCAGGCAGAGCAAUCACCAGUGGGAGUGCCAGUGCCAGGAUGACGGCACCGCCGCUAUCGUCACACUCGACGGGAGGACGCAAGCGUCAGAGCAUGGCUUCGGCUCACGGUGGAGCGGGCGAUGGUGGCGCUGAUGUAGGUGGUGGAGUCUGGAAGGCAACAGGAGGCCGUCGGCUUGGUGGAUCCGAGAGCCAUGGAACGACAACAACACCACGACUGGAGCAGCCAACAAUUGCUUCGGCCUUGAGGGCGGCAAGCAAUCGCGAAGCAAUCAAACAGCAAAGGGAACGAGCAGCUGCAGCGGUGUCUGCCAAUUUGAAUAAACCCGUGAAAGUGGCUACCAGGGCCAGGACUGGAGGAGGAGGAGGACUAGUGGGAGUAGCUGCAGGCGCCACAGCAGCUGCUGCCAAAAGGCAGCGGGAUCUAACAUCGAAACAGGCAACAAGAGCUCGUCUCUGGGCACCCAAAAAGGCAAGUGGAAAUGCUCCCUCCACUGGCGGCGGCAUCUCUCAUAUGAGGAAGGACAACAACAAGUUGAAGGAAGUCAAAUCUCUGGGGACUCUAAAUGUGAUUAAUGAUCAUCCAGCUAUCAUUUCCAAGGAGGAGCACCUACUGGAAAUGGCCAUUCAAACCAAUGAAGCUGAAAUUCUUGAUCAUAAUCUUCUAAGCGGAAAUAUAAGAAUUUUGACACCAUCACCCCAUGUGGUCACUGAAAUUGACAAAUGCCGGCGGGAGGCCAAGACAAAGGCUGAUCGUCAAACCAUACGUCGUUUUACACCACACGAACAGGAGGAGGAGGAACAUCUGGACAAGCUGAAGGAAUUCAUGGAUCGGAAUGCGGUGACGAAACGUACUCCCAAAAAACCUCCACCAGUAACCUACGGAACCUAUGAUCAUCAAUUUAGCAAUGUCUUCAAGUCCAUGGAUGAUUUCUUUCGCUCUGAGGUACCCAAAUCCGAGUCCAUAACGAACAUUAAGGAGCGCAUCAAACGCAAGGAAGUCGAGCUGAUGAGUCUCUUUGAUAAUAUGGACAAUAUGGCCGACAAAUCUGACGUUGAGUAUUAAAACCAAAAAUCCAUUUCUAGAUCAAUCAAUCGAACACAUCAGAUUAUAAAUUGUUUGUGUAAAA